GGCUUCCGUGUUUUGGUUUGCCAAAGUCGUCACAUGACCACAGCACUUGAACGCUUCAUACUUCCAAGGAACGAUGGCAGGUUUGUCCGCCAAGUGCCUGCUGCUGUGCCUGAUGUGGCUCAGCUGUAGCCGAGCCAAAUACGAGCCGAACUGGGAAUCCAUCGACUCCAGACCGCUGCCAGAGUGGUAUGACCAGGCCAAGUUCGGCAUCUUCAUUCACUGGGGGGUGUUCUCCGUGCCCAGCUUCGGAAGCGAGUGGUUCUGGUGGUACUGGCAAAAGCAGAAGAAGACGCCCUAUGUUGACUUCAUGCAGAAGAAUUAUCCUCCUGACUUCAAGUACCAAGAUUUUGCUCCGAAAUUUACUGCCGAGUUUUUUGAUGCCGUUGAAUGGACGGACAUCUUCAGUUCAUCAGGAGCCAAGUACAUUGUCCUGACCACAAAACACCAUGAAGGUUUCACACUGUGGGGCUCAAAAUACUCCUGGAACUGGAACGCGGUGGAUGUUGGUCCAAAAAGAGACCUCGUGGGGGAAAUGGCGACUGCCCUGCGGGCUAAAAGUGACUUGCAUCUGGGACUCUACCACUCCCUCUUCGAAUGGUUUAACCCCUUGUUUGAGCAGGACGCCGCCAAUGUCUUCACCACUAACAACUUCCCUGUCAGCAAAACGCUGCCUGAGCUCUAUGAGCUGGUUCUCAAGUAUAAACCUGAUGUGCUGUGGUCGGACGGGGAUGGAAACGCACCUGAUAAAUAUUGGAACAGCACUGGCUUUCUGGCUUGGCUGUACAAUGACAGUCCAGUCCGUGACUCAGUGGUGACCAACGAUCGCUGGGGUCUAGGGUCCAUUUGCACUCACGGUGGCUACUACACCUGCGCUGACCGCUACCAACCGGGUCACCUGCUCACCCAUAAGUGGGAGAACUGCAUGACCAUCGACACCAAGUCCUGGGGUUACAGACGGAACGCUCCGCUCAGCGACUACCUCACUAUUGAGCAGCUUGUUGCCACCUUGGUUGAAACGGUGUCUUGCGGGGGGAACCUGCUCAUGAAUGUCGGGCCGACACAUGACGGACGGAUUGCACCGAUCUUUGAGGAGCGUCUAAGGCAGAUGGGUCAGUGGUUGAAAGUCAACGGGGACAGCAUCUACAACACGACUGCUUGGCGAGCACAGAAGGACAGCGUCACGCCUCAGCUCUGGUACACCGCCAGACCACAGGAGAAGGCCAUUUACGCUGUCUUACUAGAGUGGCCCAAAAAUGGAUCGGUGGUUUUGAGUGAACCGGUGGCUUCUGCACAAACUCAGGUGGCACUGCUGGGUCACGGAGAUCUUCGCUGGGAGCCUGUGAAGCCCCGUGGACUGCGGGUUCUCCUGCCCUCGCUGUCCUUCAGCCAGAUGCCCUGCCAGUGGGCCUGGACCCUCAGACUGACCGCUGCUGCCUGAAGGAAAACUUCACUUGACUGGAUGAAGUCCGUCCAAAAACUGAUCAUUGUUUUCCUAAUUAUUUCUGACCAAUCUUAUUCAAAGACAUAUUUUUGCUCUGUUAUGGAGGAGAGCUGAGCCAAAGGCCACCCCUCUCCUUCCAUCAGUCAGUCUACAGUACGAUCUCACCUGUGAUUGAUAGAGUUCUUAUUCAAGCUGCAGGAAUGAGGUUUCUCAGGACAAGAGGGGAGAAAUGACAUCACAGUUGGAAGGCCUCUGUGUUGCUCCUCAAGGGCUGAAAGAGGUUUUGGGGGUGAGGAAAGUCUUUUAACUUCAGCUACCACCACGACCUGAGCUUCAUUGGGGGAAAUCUGCGAAUGGGUGUUAUUCUAUGAGGACUGCAAUAUUGUAUGUACAUCUGUCUCAUUGUUCCUGCCUCGCAUCUUGUCUUUUUUCAUGAAAUCAAAUAAACUAUUUUGUUGCAUCUAACAUGGUAGUCUUAAAAGGGGAAAUCCGUUAAAAAAAAACCAUAGGUUUCUCAUAUGAGCAAACAAUGUCAUGGACAAUAUUAUAGAAAGAAUGAAU